AUGCCUGCAGUGAAGUGCAUUGAUAUAAAGGGGUCAGUCCAAAUCACAAUUUCGUGGAUAAGCGGAUUGACUAAUUCCUUCUUCGUCUUCAAGAACGUUCACCCUGAUUUUAAGACAUCAACUUCGCGCCUCUGGCUGCUCAGGUUGGCAGUGGCAACCUCUCGAUCGCGUGGUGUUCAAGCAGGACUAAACUCAAUCGUCAAAUUGUUGUUGACAGAUAGAAAAGAUGUGGCGCUAACUUCUCAUACAAGCACGGAUGCACGCGCCUUGAGGCCUAUCGCACUUGCCGGAGAAGGGUAUCAUCUGGUACUGGUACCCGCCAGUUGCAGUCUCCUGUGUAGACACCAUGUCAUCGAUGACGAGGAAUCAUCUGAAUCUGAACCUUCCUUUUUUGUUCUUGGGGUUUUUUUCGGGCACAUCGCAGCAGGCAGCCUCAUUUGGUCCGCUAUAAGUGCUCAAAGCAUACGUGAUGCAGAACCUUCCAUCUUGCAAAACACCUCCAUGGAGAACGAAGGAGCACCAACUGGGCCACUUGUGGGGACUUUGACAAAACUCUCGACCACGUUGGCGUAA